CAAAGCAUUAUAUUUACCCUAUCAUAUCAUAUCAUAUCCUAGCUAGCUAUAAGCUACCAACCUACAAAAUGAUUUUGCAGGAACCUAUACAACUACCUGUCCUGGAUAUAUCUCAGCCCCUAAAUCCUCAUUCUCUGUCUGCUCUUGCUUCAGCCUGUAAGGAUUGGGGAUUCUUUCAUGUUUCCAAUCAUGGAAUCUCCAAACAUCUUUAUGAAAAAAUCCAUUCCCUAUCCAAUAACCUCUUCAACCUCCCUCCAGAUACCAAACUCAAGCUGGGCCCCUUUGCAUCCCUAAGAACUUACACCCCUCAUUUCAUUGCAUCUCCCUUUUUUGAGAGCCUCAAAGUUUCUGGACCUGACUUUCUGUCCUCUGCCCAGACUUCUGUAGAUGUCCUUCUUGGUGAAAACCACACUGAAUUCAGUCUGGUGAUGAAAGAAUAUGGGAGCAAAAUGACAGAGCUGUCAAGGUUAAUCAUGAAAACAGUGUUGAUGAGCCUGGGAGAAAGCUUUGAGAAGAAAUACUACGACUCAGAAUUCAGCAAUUGCCAUGGAUACUUGAGAAUAAAUAACUACACCCCACCAGAAUCCCUGGAAGGUGAAGUGGAGGGUCUUGGAAUGCACACAGAUAUGAGCUGCAUAACAAUCGCGUACCAAGACGAAGUGGGCGGGCUACAAGUAAGAUCAAAGGAUGAUGGGAAGUGGGUUGAUAUCAUCCCCCGUGAAGGGACCCUCGUAGUGAACAUUGGGGACAUGUUGCAGGCUUGGAGCAACGAGCGGUUCAGAUCAUCUGAGCACCGGGUGGUGUUGAAGAAGCUUGUGAACCGUUUCUCUCUAGCUUUCUUCUGGUGCUUUGAAGAUGAGAAGGUCAUCUCAGCCCCUGAUGAAGUGGUGGGCAAAGGAAAUACAAGAUUUUACAGCCCCUUUGUUUGCUCCCAGUAUGUCAAGUUCAGGGAGAAUGAUGAGAAAGGUAAGUUUGAAAAGAUUGGGUUCACAGUUAAAGAUUAUGCUGGCCUCAUGAUGGAUUUCCUUACUUAGGAUCUUCGUAUAUAGAUAUAGUAUCUUAUAUAGGUAAUGUAUAAUAUUUUGUGUAUGUAUAUUGCAUUCAUGUUUGAGAUUUGUGUUACGUUUGUUUUUAGUUAAUUAGUUUGGUUUGUUUAUAAGUGCAUUAUGAGAUAUAUGCAAAUUAAGACUACUUAUAGUUGUUUAAUGUUUUGUGUAUACAUGAGAUAGAUGUGUAUUUACCAUGGGUGUAUUGGCAAUAAAAUCAAAUCAUUGUUUUCAUUUACCAAUA